AUGGCUUCCUCCAUGGCACCUCCUCCAGGCUGCGGUAACAUUGACCCUGACUACUAUUUCCUCUGUGACGUCUGUGCAGCCUGGGGCAUCGGCUUGGAAACUCUGGCUGCUGCAGGCGUUCUGGCCACCCUGAUCCUCCUGCUGGCAUUCUUUGUCUGUAGCUGCAUGACCAAGGACAAAAACAAGAAGAAUGUGAUUCCCAUCCAAUUCCUGUUCAUCCUGGGCACCCUAGGAAUAUUCAGCCUCACAUUUGCUUUCAUCAUCCAGCUCAAUAAGAAAACUGGCCUGAUACGCUUCAUCUCAUUUGGGGCCCUCUUUGCUCUUUGCUUCUCCUGCCUUCUGACCCAUGCCUCCAACCUCAUCAAACUGGCGAGAGGAAAGCCCCCCCUUUCCAAGUUAUCAAUGCUGAUACGUACUGUUGGCCUCACAUUCAUUCAGAUCAUCAUAGCUGUCAAAUAUGCCAUUCUCACAGUAGAAAGAGGUGGCAUAGACUUGGCCAACAUGGGGAGAGAACAGCGCAACAAGGACUUUGUCAUGCUCCUGAUCUACGUGAUUGCCCUAAUGUUUUUCACCUUUAUUAUCUCCAUGUUCACUUCCUGUGGACCAUACAAAAGCUGGAAGAGGCAUGGGAUGCACAUCUGUAUCACUCUCCUUUUCUCCAUAGCCAUUUGGAGUUCAUGGAUCAGCAUGUUGCUCUUGAGUGGCGUCCCUUCUGAUGUGGAUCAAAGCCAGUGGGAUGACCCCCUUUUUAGUGUUGCUUUGGUGGCCAAUGGAUGGGUCUUCCUCAUGAUGUAUACACUACCUGAGAUCUGCUUCCUUACUAUCCCACAUCAGUCUGAAGAUUACCCUUCUGAAGGGAUUCUCUGGAAGUCCACAGCCAGACAACAGAGUGUUGAAGCUGGGAGUACUCACGCUCCAGAUAAGGAAGGAGCUGAAGAUGAUGUUUUGUUCCCUCCAAAUGGAACUGGUUUCCAGCCGAAGAAUCCUGAAACCAAACCAAAUUUCUCAAUUCCCCGGGCAAUGUUACACCCUGCAUACAGACAGGAAAUAAUGGUGCACUGUGAAGCCAAGAGGCAGGCCAAAUGA